AUAGUAUCGAUAAGAAACCAAAUAGCAGCACUGCCGAAAAUCCGCCCCCGUGACUAAAGUUUAUAAAAGAAAACGAAAACGCACCGUAGGAGUUCAGUGCCGUAUCAAAAAGCAGAGCGUGCUUUAGUCGCCCAGCAGCAGCAGCCAGCAAUAAACCCGAAAGGCCAGCCACAGAAGCGAGUUGCUUUAAAUUAGAUUUCUAAUCACCCCAAACACACAACAAAAAACAAAGCAAAAUGUCAAGUGCGAGCAACGACAACCCCAUCUAUGGCCCCUUCUUCGGUGUUAUGGGCGCUGCGUCCGCCAUUAUCUUCUCAGCACUCGGCGCCGCUUAUGGCACUGCCAAGUCUGGUACCGGUAUUGCUGCCAUGUCAGUGAUGCGUCCUGAACUGAUCAUGAAAUCCAUCAUUCCUGUGGUCAUGGCGGGUAUCAUUGCCAUUUACGGUCUGGUCGUCGCUGUGCUGAUUGCCGGCCAACUGGACUUGCCGGCCAAUUACACCCUAUUCAAGGGCUUCAUUCACUUGGGCGCCGGCUUGUCUGUGGGCUUCUCGGGCCUGGCAGCCGGCUUUGCGAUCGGCAUUGUGGGCGAUGCCGGUGUGCGUGGCACAGCACAGCAGCCACGUCUGUUUGUCGGCAUGAUUCUGAUUCUCAUCUUCGCUGAGGUGUUGGGUCUCUACGGCUUGAUUGUGGCCAUUUACCUGUACACGAAAUAAAUCAAUCAAUUCAACACACACACACAACAAACAAGUAGACAAACAGCCCAGCAAUCAACAACAUCAACUACAACAACAAAAACAACAACAACAACUGCAAGUAAAAAGUGUAUCAAAUUGAAAACCAUCCAACAAUAACAACAAAUUCAAAACGCGUUUUGGUGGCAACUCUGGUGGCCGUUUGUAUAUAGCAACAAAAAAAAAAAAAUGACAAAAAAAAAACAAAACAAAAACAAUAACAAAUAACUGCAAUUGAUGAGUUGGGCGCCAGUGUUGCCAUAUUGUCGCGCAUUAGUGUGUACAACAAGAAGAAGAAGAACAACAACUAAUAAUGCAACAACAACAACAACAACCAUUUAUAAUUUCUUGUUAUUUCUUUGAACAUUUACUUUGCACAUUCGCCUAAAUUGCUGGCUGUUUAGUUUAGUUUUAUAUUUUCCGUUCAAAUCAAUUUUGCAGUUCAUAAGUUCAUAAAGUUGUAAUCAAAUAUCAAAUUUGUCUCUUACUUUUCUAUAUCUUUAUUUUAUUUUUUUGCGCUCCACAAAACGUGUGCUCUUUGUUAUUUGUUUUUUCCAUUAUUAUUAUUAAAUAAUGUUUAGUGUAUAUGUAAAAUUCGUUAACAAACUCUGUAAAGAAAAACAACAACAACAACAACAAUUGUAAAUUUGCAUACAACAAAUUUAGCGAAAAGGGCCAAACAACAACAAAUAAAUCAAAGCAUAAUCGAACCAACAAUUGCGCUGCACUUGCUGCGUAGGGCAACACUGGCGUCGCCGCCUGGCGUUGCCACCUCGUGCAAAAGGCAAAGUUGUUGGCGGGCUAAAAGACACAAAUAAUUACUUGGCAAUACUUCAACAACUGCAAACAACAACAACAAAAACCAACUACAUACAAUCAUAAACACACACACACACACCGACA